UGACAGCUGAGAAAACCGAUAAUUAGAAGACAUCGAUAUAGCUUGCUUGCUCAUAGCUGAAUAAUAUAAUAUCGCGCAUAAUAUAAUACGAUCUCUAUAACGCGUACAAGUGAUAAAGUACACAAAAAUCUUGUGAAAUACGUCAAAUUAUAUCAGAAGAUUGUGAGUAUUUUAUUCAGAGCGUGGAUCCUAAUCCUUCAAGCAUCAAUCCCAGAAGCCCGAACAACCCCUUCUUUAGCAGCUAAGAGCACAACACAAUAUAAGAGUGUGAUACAUAAAAGAUUUUGAUAGAAGAGUUUAGUACGAGAGUUUGUCAUUGAUAACAAGGCAAUGAUCAGUAUUGUAAAGCAAACAUUUACUUCGUAACGUGAUUUGAUAAUUUAAGAAUCAGAGGAACAGGUUGCUAAAGAAGAUUGAGUUUAAUUAGACUUAUUACGUUAAGGAACGAUGUUUAUUAUUAUAUUGCUAUUAUCUAUACUUACUUUAUUGCUGUGUCAUUAUUAUGUGAAUCAUGGAAAAAACGGGCGACUCAUUAAUCUUAUACCAGGACCCCCGUGUUCUCUGAUUUCUGGUAAUGCAUUAGAAUUCAUUGUUUCACCAGAAGAACAAUGGAAGUUGCUACAUUCCAUACUUGACAAGUAUUAUCCCAUUGCAAGAAUAUGGGGUUUUUUCAGGCCUCUUGUAUCAAUUCGUCAUCCAGAUGAUAUGGAGACGAUAUUAAGCAGCACCAAGCACAUCGAGAAAAGUAUUAUAUAUAAUGUAUUACAUCCUUGGUUCGGAACAGGUCUCCUCACUAGCACAGGCACCAAAUGGCAAUCACGAAGAAAGAUAUUAACACCUGCAUUCCAUUUCAAUAUCUUAAAUCACUUUGUUGAUAUUUUGAUUAAAGAGAGCGAUCACAUGAUAAAGUCUUUGAAGGAUGAAGAAGGAAUAAUCGUAAAAGAUUUAAUACCAUUUAUUAGUGAACAUACGUUGAAUGCAAUAUGCGAAACUGCCAUGGGCAUCUCUCUGCAUGAUCUUGGCGCGUUCCAGCAAAAGUAUCGAGAGGCUGUUCACCAGAUAAUCGAACUUAUGAUUUAUAGAUUAGUGAGAAUUUGGCUCCAUAAUGAUCUGAUAUUUGCUUUGACGCCACCAGGAAGAAGGCAAAGAAAGGUUCUUAAGAUAUUGCAUGGAUUUACGGAAAAAAUCAUCGUAGAAAGGAAGCUUUACCAUAAAAAGACCAAUGGUCAAUAUUUGAAAAACCUUGAAAAUGAUAAAAAGGCGGACAUGGAUGAUGUAGAAAUGUUCGGAAUUAAAAAAAAGCGACUAGCCAUGUUGGAUCUCUUAAUAGCGGCAUCUCAGGAAGGAUUGUUGACUGAUUUGGAUAUCAGAGAAGAAGUUGAUACUUUUAUGUUUGAAGGUCAUGAUACUACAGCGAUGGGUAUAACGUUUGCUUUAUUAUUAUUAGCUGAACACAAAGAUAUUCAGGAACGUGUAAGAACUGAAGUCAAUAUCGUGAUGCAAGAAAACGAAGGAACGCUUACUAUAAGAUCAAUGCAAAAUUUGUUAUACUUAGAUAGAUGUUUAAAGGAAACGCUACGUUUAUAUCCCAGUGUGUUUUUUAUAUCACGAUUUACUGCGGAGGAUGUAAAACUACAAUCAUAUGUAGUACCUGCUGGAACAGCGAUACAUCUUAAUAUUUAUGGAGUUCAUAGAGAUCCUAAUUUCUGGCCAAAUCCAGAAGUAUUUGAUCCGGAUAGAUUUUUGCCCGAAAGGAUUCUGAACCGUCAUCCGUAUUGCUAUCUACCAUUCAGCGCAGGACCGCGGAAUUGCAUAGGUCAACGGUUCGGUCUGUUGGAGAUGAAAGCUAUAAUAGCUCCUCUGGUGCACAAUUUUUAUUUGGAGCCUAUUGAUUAUUUAAAAGAUCUUCGGAUAAGAUCCGAUUUAAUACUUCGUCCUUUUCAUCCACUUCAUAUGAGAUUUAUUCCAAUCAAAUGCUAAUAAUUAUUUGAGAUUGAUAAAAAAAUAGAUAAGUUUGUGCGAUCCGAUAUCCGAUAUAUAUAUAUAUAUAUAUAUAUAUGUAUGUAUAUAAUAAAUAGAUAAAUACAUAUAUAAAAAUAGAUAAGUUGUGCGAUCCGAUAUCGGAUAUCCGAUAUAUAUAUAUAUAUAUAUAUAUAUAUAUAUAUAUAUAUAUAUAUAAAAUAAAGACGUUUUCGUUAUGUAAUAUACAUUAGACGCUAAAUAAUAAGUACUCUCAAAUUUGAGGAUAAUAUCUUUAUCUUAUAUAUGUAUAUUGUCAUAUACAAUAAGGGCGUGAAUGUACUUUCUAAAUAAGAAAUUUCAAGUUAAUGUACUUUCUAAAGAUCGUGAUAUAUAGAAAAACGUAAGCAGUAAGAUUUAAAACAUAAAGAAAGCGACUAAUUAAACCGGAUUUGCAACAAGUAUAGUAAGCUUUAAGCUGUAAAAAAAGUAUCAAUAGCAAUUGAUUAUUUUCCUCA